CACAUGACGACUCAUUACACCCAAACCAACCAACUCACUCGUUUCCUUCAAAAUUCCCUCUUUGCAACAACGCUGUUUGUCACAACAUUGUACCAUCCGAAAUGUCGGCCACCGUGGACCAUACCGAUCAAAGGGCUGAAGCUAUUCCCCAAUCCCCAGCUUCACCAAAUUGGACUAUUCAUGUGUCAGACAUAAGAACAGUUAAGGUUAGCAACAUAUCACUGGCUACUUCCAAGAAGGACAUUGAAGAAUUCUUUUCAUUCUCAGGUGAUAUUCGAUAUAUUGAAAUGGAAAGAGAAAGUGAUCGCACCCAGGUUGCUUAUGUUACAUUUAAGGACACACAGGGAGCAGACACAGCAGUUCUCUUGACUGGUUCCAAGAUAGGUGAUCUAUAUGUCACCAUCACACCUGUGGAGAUGUACCAGCUGCCCCCUGAUGCUCUUCCCCCAAGUCCAACAAACCAAAGUGCUGAUGCAGUUAAGAAGGCUGAAGAUGUAAUGAGCACGAUGCUUGCUAAGGGUUUCAUUUUAGGAAAGGAUGCUAUCAACAAGGCCAAAGCCUUUGAUGAACGUCAUCACUUGACCUCAAAUGCUUCUUCCACAGUUGCUUCCAUUGAUCGCAGAAUGGGUUUUAGUGAUAAACUAAGUAUUGGAACAGCUAUUGUCAAUGGAAAGGUGAGAGAGAUGGAUGAAAGGUAUCAGCUUUCUGAAUUGACAAAGUCUGCUAUGGCUGCUGCAGAGCAAAAAGCAAGUAGUGCUGGAUCUGCUAUCAUGAGCAAUCCUUACAUACUAACUGGAGCUUCAUGGGUGUCUAGUGCCUUUACUGCUAUAGCAAAGGCAGCCGGGGAUGUCAGCGUUAUGACGAAGGAGAAGGUCGAACAGGCCGAGGUGGAAAGGAACGGGAUCAUUUACAGUGAAAGGAAAGGGAUUGUUGAUGAAUUUGCAAAGAUGCACUUUGAGGAUUCUUCAGACAUGGGACCUGCAGUUGUUCCCGUUAAUUCAGACAAUGACAGUAAGCUGACAAUUAUAUAGCUCGAGUUAAUUCAGAAUCCCUUACAUCCUCACGUGCACAGAUGGAUUUAUUUAGUUAGCAUAGUUGUUGUCAGACAUCAGUUCCUCAAAGUUUGUUGUACAAUGACAAGUCUUGAUUAUUAUAGUGAUGUAAAGGUUUGUCUGACAGAUGGGGUUCCUAAAUAUGGUCAACAUUCAUUUCAAAAGAUUAUUUGUUAUUUGUUAUUUUUUGAGUUAUUUCUUCAUUCACUUCUUCCUUUAGGUCAUAUGUUUACAAACAGGACAAUCAGUAUAAUUUUACAGAACACUGUGUCAUUAAGAGCAUGACAGAUCAGUUAAAUGUUUUUACUGUUUUCAUUUUCCUUUACAAUGAAAAGAUAGAAUAAA